CGUCAAAUAUAGGUAAAGCAAUAGCAAAGCAAUGCAAAUUGCAAUGUAAGUGUGCGCUUGUGUGUAUUUUAAAUCAAUUCUAUAAUAAAGUAAGUCAAUAAAUAAUGAUACUGUUUGUAUUGUUUUAAAGACUUACAGAGAACAACACUAAUAAGUAACACAUAAUAAUCAGAACAAACAACCUGAGGGACCUUUGUGCAAAUAAAUUAAAAACAAUGGCAGUUUUCAAAGAGGGUGUGUUGUGGGCCCGAGGCGAAUAUGCAGCGGAUCGGAGGGGAGACUAAGCUUUUUGUCGGUUUGUACGGGGCAUAAUGCAGGUGUGUCAUUUCCAGCAUCUCUUGCGGCAGUUCGGUGAGUAACCUGUGUCCAAUCCAUGCUUGCUGGUUGUAUCGCAUGCCUAGUGCUCAUGUACAUUAGUUAGUAUUGUAACCAACAAAGGUAUGUUGUGUAUUUGACGGCACUGUGACAUACAAUAAUCUCGUCGCUUUGUUUCCUCUCGGUGGAAUAGAGGAAACGCUGCAUUUCAUAACAACCGGAGAUUGACGUGGGUUGAAAUAUCAUCUACGGUUCGUAUUCGAACCAGUGAGUAAUAAAAAUAAAGCUUGUUUUAUUGAUAGAAUUUAACCACUAGAUUCAAAAUUAUAUUUAGCUAGCACGUUUAAUUUUGCGAAUUGUCGGUGUUUUUCUUAUUAAUUAAGUUUAAGCACACAGUGUAUUCAACGGUUUUAUUUGAACAACUAUGGGAGAGUCCUAAAUUAAGUUAUGCACUUCUUUCAGAUCAUAUAAGAGCUGUUACAAUACUAUUACUGUUAUAAUAUAAAUACAUCAGUUUCUUUGUUACUAUUUUAAAGUACAGACAAUAACGUCAAUCUCUAUCUACAGUGGAUUUAUUUUUUAUUCUCGCAAUGAACACAUACAAAAUUCAUAGCUAGUAUUACAACAAUUAAACAUAGAUCUAGUAAAAAAGUAGACCUCAUUUUCAUGAUCCUGCCUGACAUAUCAUCGCGUCCUGGCUUCUCCCGAGAUUCUAAAUUUAAAAACAGGAAAUUUAAUUAAACUGGCAAUGAUGCACCGUAAACAGGGACCGAAAUAGGACAACCGCGUUCACUUUUAUUUUGCACUCACUCGUGUUAUAUUGUCUAAAGUGGAUAAAUUAAUAUGACACUAAAAAAAUCCGAAUUAAAAAGCCUUCUGGCCAAAGACAAGAACGAGCCUGGCCGCUUCCUCGGCGAAGGGGUGUCAUUUCGCGCCAAACUGAUAGGCGUGCUGGAAGUGCCGGAAGCGCGCGGUGACAGAAUGUGCCAAGAAGCACUGGCGGAUUUGAAAAUGGCGAUCCGUGCUGCUGGCGAGCACAAGCAAAGGAUUCAGGUCCACGUGGCUAUCGAUGGACUGCGCUUGCGCGAUGAUAAGACGGGGGACUCGCUAUACCACCACCCGGUACACAAGAUAUCCUUCAUCGCGCAAGACAUGACGGAUUCCCGCGCGUUCGGGUACAUAUUCGGCUCCCCGGACACCGGCCACCGGUUCUUCGGCAUCAAGACUGAUAAAGCAGCUAGUCAAGUAGUGAUAGCAAUGAGGGACCUGUUCCAAGUAGUGUUCGAACUGAAGAAGAAAGAAGUAGAAAUGGCCAAGCAACAGUUGGAGGGGAAGACUGUUACCAGUAGCCUUGUGCGGCACACCCCUGCCGUCGAACCUAAAGCUAAGGUAAUAACAUCGACGGGCGAAAGCAGCUCGUCGAAGACAUCGGACGCCACCGCGGAAGGAGGCGUGGCGGAGCUGGUGGACCUGGAGCAGGAGCUGAGCUCUCUGAGGAGGGGACUCACGCAGGUGGAGGGGCUCACCCCCUCCACCGACCCUUUCGGAGACUCCUUCAUUAUGCCCUCCAGUCAGAAAGGCCUCCUCCCCCCUCCGCCGUCGGGGUCGUCGACCCGCGGCCGCAGCACGCCCGCCGCGCGCCCCGCGCUGUCCCCCGGCAAGACGUCCGCGACCUCCGUCACGUGCGCUUCAUCGUCCGCGCUGCCCUUCGACUUGACCUCUACGAGCGAGUUCGAAACUAUUACCACGGCGAUCGAAAACUUGAUCGAACCUCCGGUGGGCCAGCCCGCGGCGGCGUCGCUCAGUUACGACGUAUUCACCGAACUAGACCCCCUCGGCACCGGCCGAAGCAAACCUUACGUUGACAAAAAACUAUUCUUUCAGGAGCUCAAAAACCCGCCAAAGAAAGUGCUCAAAGACCUCGUACAACCGCAGUCUCUAGUGACAGAGUUGACCAAUUCUGAAUUGCCCGACUACAGUCAGGCGACCACUAUGACGUCAUUGAGCAGACAUUCCGGCGGAUCCGUGACGGUAUCCAAGCCGCUUUUCUCAGGGAAUUUGUUCACAGCGGAUCCGUUUGCGGAAACGGAUCCUUUUGAUAAUACGGAUCCAUUUGACUCGUUCAAAGAUGAUCCGUUCACCACGAUGCAAGAGUUUCCGCGUGUUUCGCGGUUGGGCGACAAGAGGUUCGGUAGGGAGAAUGAUAAGACUGAGAAUGGGGAGAAGAAUGUAUUUAAUGGGCCGCUGCAAGUCACGCUGCCGCCGGAGCCGGCGUCGAAGUCGCCGAGGCUUCCACGGCAGAGCACCGACAUCAAUAUAACCUCGACGGCCCGCCCUCGCGCGUCCGGCCACUCUACGAGCGGCAGCUCCCCCCCGCCCCCGCUCCCCCCCAAGAAGCCCGCUGACGUCAUCGCGGUGCGCCCCCCGCCCCGGCCCCCGCACGACCACGACGACCCCCCGGACACCAGCAUAGCUUCUACUGUCGCUGUUGGAUUGAAGAGCUCAUCGCCAACAAUACCGGGACCACCUUUGCCAAGACCUGCUAGGAAGAAAGAGCCUUUGGCGGAUCGAAGCACGAAGCCCCGGUUGUCGUCCGCGUCAGCCUCCGCGGCCACCAACAGCAGCGAGGAGGAGUACCUCACCCCCGCGCCUCCGCCCCUCCCCGCCGCGAGGAGGUUUGACAUCACCCUUAGUCAACUCCUGACUUGUACCAUGGACGAACUGGCUCACAGGUUACGAGUUCCCGCCACAACGUUGUCUUCGAUGACACUUCCUCAACUAACCGAAUACCUCAGAUCAUAUUUGGCAGCCGAUAACGACAGAGCGCAUAUCAACGUAGACCCAACAUUCCGUACGGAAAAAGAGAAACCCACAAUCUCAAACUUAACUACUAAACCUUCGACCAUAACGAUAGCCGAGAAGCCAGCGCCUUCAGCGCCACCUAUCGCCGAAUUUCAAACUCAAUUCGAAGACAACUUCGCCCCUACCACGGAACCAGACACUUUCGUAGCUAAUUUCGACGAUUUCGACAAAAAAGCCAAUGCGUCUUAUGAUAGAUACGCGGCUUUUAGAGAAAUACAAGAACAAGAACUUAUAGCAAAAUCUAUGUUAGACCCGGAGCCCAUCCGAGAUAUUGAAGCUAGACAGGAUUCAGAUGAGAAGGAAGAACAAACCUCUCAAGAACUAGCCGCUAUAAAUAAUAUAAUGAAAAAUAAAGAACAAAUAAAGGAAAUUCAAUCGAAAGAAAUGUCUAAAAGUCCAUUGAAAUCGCUUGACGAACUAACUUUAGAUUCUUUCAAUAUGUUUAGAAACUCCGUCAGUCCAAAACCGACACAUAUAGAAGCUAAAAUUGAAGAUGUCAAAUCUAUUAUGAAAACUUUGCAAAUAGACACAACAGAAAAAUCUAGACGCAGUGUUUCGCCAAGAGACAAUGGUAAUGUGGAAUCGAAACAGGAAGACACUAGUGAAUUUACACACGUAACGCAGCGACAUAACGAUAGGUACGCUGCGUUACGAGAAAUAACAAUAACUGAGCCUUCUCAAGACGAAUUCGAGUCAUUGCCUCCAGAUGUUCCUAAAGAAAGAAAGAAAUCCGAUGAGAAAUCUGACGGUUUUGACAAUUCUGAUUUCUUUGAUUGUAUAGACAAUAGUUCUCUGUCGUUUUCACACGUGGAGGAUGCAUUUAGAAAAAGUCCGAUGAUAGUGAAAGAGAGGGAAGAGGAGAAGAAAGUGGAGAUUGAGAAAAAGGAAGUCCAGGUAGAACUGACUCCCGUGAGGAAGUUGCAGCCGCCUGCGAGGUUGUCGACCGAGUCAAUCAGUGACGUGGCCAGUGGAUCUUCGCCGGACACGAAAGAAAAACUCCCAUGCAGCCGCGGUUCCCAUGGGGUUCGGGGCGGGGGCCGGAACAGCAGCGGGCGGUGGGCCGUGCUGGGCGCCGCCGCGUCUCCCUGGUCCUCCGACUCCAGGGAUUCGGAGCCCCGCCUCCGGACCCAGGACCACAUAGUGCACACAUCGUCCUCUUCCCGCGACGUGUCGCCGUGGGAAGAGGAGCCCGCGGCCGUGCCGCGUGCGGCGCACCGGCACAGGGGCUCCAGGGACAGGGAUUCAAGGCAUAACUCAUCCGGUUCAAGAGAAUGCCUAGACAGCGGCAGCGGUAGAGAAAAGGACAAAAUCCGGGACAAGCGGGACCGAUCUGAGCGGGACCUCAGCAGGGACGGGCGGGACUCUGGCAGGGACCGGCGGGACUCUGGCAGCGGCCGGGACCGAAGGGAUAGCAAGGAAAGGGAGCACAGGAGGGAGCGACGCAGCCGACACCGGGACGGCGAGUGGGAGCGCGGGUACCGGGAGCGGGAGCGGGACUACCGGGGCUCGCGCUGCAGGGACUACCGGGACCAGGAGCGCCACAGGAAGCCGCGACACUCCUACCACACUGAGGAGGAUUACAGCGACGGCUGCGGCUCCGGGCGCUCGUCGCCGCGGGAGCGCUGGCCCGACCAGCGCUGGCGCCGAGACGAAAGAAAUUACGGUUCGUUGGGCUGGCGAGAGACGAGGCGGAGGGCCGAACUGAGGCAGAGCGAGGACCCUAAUGAUAGAAGAUACGGCUCGACUUUAGGUUGGCCCGGGCGGCGUGCGGGCGCGGGCGCGGACGCGGACGAAGGCGCGGGCUCGAGGCGCGAGUGCGAGCUGCGGCGGCGCGCGCGCCGGGAGCCCCGCGCGCGCGCCGGCCGCUUCUCCAGCGACAGGGACCACCACGAGCCGUUUGAUAACGACUUCCACGACACGCCAACGUCUGCGAUUAAGAAGCGGGCGCCGUAUUCCAGUUUGGAAGGGACGAGGUUCUCGCUGGAGGCGGAGGCGGGCGCCGCGUCGCCGAGCGCGCGCGCACGCGCAGACUCCGCAUCGCCCGCCGCGCGCUUCCGCUUCGACUCCGACUCCGUCUCGCCCAGAUCCAUGUUCGAAGACGACUUCACGUCAAUCUCCACGCCGCGAGGCAGGACCGCUUCGAUAGCCGAAGAAGACGAAAGCGACGUCCCGCCAUUGAGAACGAAAACUCAACCCGCCCAUAGAGACAUAAAGAAGUCGGAAUCGGUAAAUAUUUUCACCAGAGAGUCUGAUCCGUUUGAAGGAGACGCGUUUUUUGCUUGCACGGGGUCGGAUCGAGCCGCCAGGAGGGACAACUGGCCCGCAGACUUCCAGAGGUUCGACCACGCGUGAGCAUAGCGCUCUGUCCGGUUUGUAACUCUAUAACCCGACCUAUGAAAUUGAUUUUCGCUAUAAAAAUCCUCUUGUUUAUAAAAAAAUCGACCGUGUAUUAUGCUUAUAGUCAAGGUUUGUUACUAUUUACAUUUUCAAUUGAAUUUUGUUUAAUAUCUCGUGUGUUUUGAUAAAAAUAUUAUUGCUAUCUCGACUAUAUCUAACAUUUAAUCAAUAUUUUACAUACCUUGAGGACAAAAUUGUAACUAAUGAUUGCGGAAUAAUUUUCUUUGUAAUAAAUUAACUCAAAAUCUCCUGGGACUAUUUUGAUGAAAUUUGGCAUAAAGAUAGACUAAACCUUCGGGAUAGAUAACAUAGGCUAUUUUUUUAAGGUUUUACCCAAGCUAAGCCUGGUCGGGACGCUGGUUUUUUUUAUAAACAAGAGAGUAUAUCAUAUAGUCAUGAUAUUCGCUUCGCCUUUUCUUGCAUUAAAUUUGGUUAUUUUUAAAUUAAGAAAUAUCAUGGCCGGGAAUAGACAAUUAGGUUUUUAUUAGAACCGUUGUUGUACAUGUGCUCAACUGAAUCGAUUGAUUAGACAAAAUAAAUAUCGAUUUAAUAAUGCUUAUUUCACCCUAAUCGAUAUAAUGAGUACAUGUGUUGCGAAGGUUGUAAAAAUAUUACAGACUGAACACAGCGGACAAGGCGGUCUUGCCAUUUAAAUUAGAAUAAUUCUUGGAUCUCUUAAUACUGAAUCUGUUAGCGGUCCCUUCCCUCGAACGGUUGGAAUUCUAAAUUUAAAAGCGAAUACAACAUUUAUUUGUAGGUUAUAAAAUUCGCUUGCCUAGCAAAAUUACUUACCAGUCUAGUCCAAAAGUAAGUCGAAAUAUUUAAGUAAUUUAUUAUAUUUAAAUAUAGAAUUUCAACCUUUCCAAUCUGUGUCUAAUAUUUCCAGAAUAAGUCAUAGAAGUACGCCGGUAUAGUAUAUUAUAUCUAGUAUAGUCAUAGUCGAAGUUAAGCUGUAUACCCAUUGACCAUUGUCACCCUAGUAUUAUGUUAAGACAUAUAUGAAUUUGGACGAAAUGCGUUCGAGUUUGUAUAGGCCUUGAAACGCAACCUGUGAUAUGUAUAAGCAACGCCCUUUUUUGAAGUUUUGUUGACGCUUCUGUGAUGUAAUAUUUAAUCUUUGCUAUCAUGUGGAUGUACAUUUUGGAGUUAUUUUACCACUGAUUAUCUUUUAGCUAAAAUUGUAUUUUUUUUUUUGCCAUGAGCUUUGACGUUCAUUUAAAUCGUUUUAAUAGUCUUGUCAGAGGUGAAACAAUUACAAAUGGAGUGUACUUUCAUGUCGUAUUUUAUUGGACUUCCAAAAGUUCAUUAUGUCGUUUGUUGAGACCAUAAAGUUAUGUCUAUGGUUAAGGCACACUUAUGUCGACGAUAUAUAACUCUAGAUAAAAAAUAGCGAAACUCUGUCCUUAUCACAAAACGUAACAAUUACAUUAAUUUUAUUUUUAUUUAAUUUGGCAUUUAUAAUAAACAAAUGUCAAGUCCGACAAAAAGAUUUGGUAUAAAUUUUCGUAUUCAUUGACAUUUAUUAUGAAAAUAAAGUUUUUUUGGCAUUUGCGCACUACGGGUUCGCUAUACCGAAAGCAAUAGAAAGCACAGUAGAUUUCGCACACAACAUAUAACCUUUAUCCUAAGAUGGUCUUGAAAACCAUAAUACUUAAUGGUAACGCAAUGUUAAAUUACAAUUUCCAACUUUUUCACUAUUUUUAUACGUUACGUACGAAUUUAGCACAUAGUUUGACAUAGUGUGUUAGUUUAGAACACACGCUAUAAUUUAAAUGUAUUUCAAUAAAAAAGAAACAAUUUUCAAUACUUCUCUCUUCUUGUUGCAAACUGAACCAAUAAUUAAAGUUGGGCACAAAACUAUGUAGGAUUUUUUUUUUUUUAUUGAAAAUGUAAAUAUUUUGCUACGGGAGGGUAAUGUUGAUAUCGCCAUGUAAAUACUAUUUGUAACCUUAAUGGCAAUGACGUCGUGUGUUUCUAUGGUGUACGAAUAUUACAUUUGUAUGCGUUGCAUUCAGGAACAUUGCUAAUAGAUCAGAUAUAUUUUCGCUGCAGAUUAUUUUUUAUGGUGAAAGUUAUCUAUGUAUCUAGGAAGUUAUAUUGAAUCAAAUCAAACCAUUUAUCCAAAUUAUUUAAUCUACCUCUAUAUAUAUACUAUAAAAACAUAAAAAUGAUUUGUGUAAUUUAACUUAGACAUUUCUUAGUACUGUUCAUGAAUACAAUUCGCAGGCAAUAUGAGCAAUAUAACUCGUCUAAAGAUCAGCUUUAUGUAUUUUUAUGAACGUGUGGAUGGCCUCGAAAAUAGUAUCAUAAAUCUAAAAAAAAGAUUUCCAUUUGAAUGAUUUUAUUUACUUUUAUUUCAUGUAUUUAAAAAUUACGAAACUUAAGUUUUAUUUAUUAUACAUAACAUUAUCGUUUUUUUUUCUAAUUCUGGUUUUAAGAUUUCUUUUUUUUAUUGAAUAUGUAAUAGAAGCACUAAGAGUAAGAGUAAUUCUCAUUUUAUUGAACUAACAAUGAGAAGCUCGUACAGUAACAGUUUAAUUUAAAACAUAUUAUUCACUUGCAUAGCUUUUCGGCAAUAUUUGAUACACCUAGCGUCAAUUAAAAGACAUAAUUAAAUGACUUGAUUUCGCUUUUUGUCCACUUGCCUACAUAACUUAAAGAAUGUAACCAUGUUGCAUUAUGGUUUUUCGAGUUGUCUAGUAUGUUUCAAAUCAGGUUUUUGAUGAGUGCAGUCUGCCACUUGGCUAUCAAAACACUUGUAAUAAACUAUGCUGCCGAAUCAAAUUAUCGAAAUAAUAUUUAGAAAUCAUUCGAUUUAAUAUUUAAACUGUGUUAAUGGCAUUUCAAUUAAUGUUUUCUGUGAUAUUUUUUAUUUUUGUGAUCGUAAUUUUGUGUUUUAUAUCAGUGAAGAACGUUUAAUAUCUCUGUAAAGAUAAAUAAUGUUUAUAGAAUCAUGUCUAUUAAUAAUGUUAACUAUUAUAACUAACUACCUACAAUAAAAUCACUCUCACUUUGAUUUUGUAUAAGUACGUCUUCUUUUUCUUCUUCAUCUAUAAAUUGUGGAUAUUCAUUAUAUGCGAAAACUUAUUACAGAUUUCCUGUCAAUGAAACAUCCAUAGCCAUUUUAUAUACUUCAAGGUAAUAAACGUAUGUAGUCAUGCAAACUAUUGUUAUCUACCUAUACCUACUAUACCUAGUGACGUUAUGUAGGUUUUGUAUUAAACAAUUUUUUGUACAUAAAUUAGUUAGAAAAUUAAUUAUGUGCAAUUAUUACCACUUCUACGGCGCAAUACCAAAGGUAUUUAUGUUCUGUAACUGUUGUGUAAAAUACUCGGAAUUAUUAAAAUUAUAACGAAAUGAUUUUGAA